AUGUCCCUACAACCAGAAGAGAUCACGAUCCUCGAGAAGGUCAUCAACAUUCGUAACCGCCUCACUGCACUCAAGCAGAAUCGCGGAGAGUAUAUCAAGUCGCAGGAUGUACUCAACAUAUAUCAGGCUGUCGUCAAACAAGUCGAAAAGCUUAAUGAUCUGCGCGACCAAGAGACAGGGCCGCAUGUUCCCAAUCGUCUUGAUACCCUACUGGCAGAUGUGUUCAGCUUGCUCUCAUUAUUCUUCUUAACUAUCGGAAAAGCUCGAGAAUGUCCUGCUACCUAUAGCCAAAUAGCCAGUAUGAGGCAACUACUCGACCAUAUGAACGAGUCUGCGGUGUAUACCGAAGCCGACCUCAAAUCUUUCAGGAACCGCCUCGACGAACUUCGUGAAAUCGUUCGAAAUGACAAGGAGAGUGGCUUACAUCCGCCCGCGAUGACUAAAUUACUUGACCGAAAACUGAGCGAAUGCGACGCGAUUUUGUCCGAUUUACAAGAUUCGCUAUCUGUGCUGUCAGUUGAACUCGUUCCAAUUCACCAGCGGCUUGUGACGCUGCGUCGCCAGCUGGUCGCACUUGCCGCGAAACCCAAGCCAUUCAAGGCUGAUCUCAAGCCUAUCAUGGAGGAGCUGAGGAAAAUCGAAAGCAAACGCGAAAAUGGCAAAUUCUUGGGGCCCAAUGGAGUAGUACCUGCUUCACAGGCUUUGUGCUCAGGUCUGCUGGAAGAGUGCUUUGAUAUUGCUCAAGAAAUCCGAGCUCGAGAGGAUGAUGUUUCCACCGCCCUAAAACCUAUUCAUGACCGCCUCUGGGACAUGCGCGCGCAAUUAGAACAGUUGGUUCUCACUCAUAGAUGGACCCUCCGCGAAACAGACCUGUGGAAUUAUUCCCAGGCUCUGCAGGAGAUCGACAAAAUGCGUGUAAAUGGCAAGUUCGUCGAUGCGGAAGGAAACGUCCCCAACGGGCAAUAUGUUUUAUUGUACCUCUUACGGAGAUGUUACGGGUUGAUUCACCGACUGCUGUCCGCGAGUGAACCGGUCUCGGAAGAAUUAAUGCCAAUUGCCAACAAAUUAUCAACCGUUAAGAAAUGCCUCAAUGAGGUGUUGAAAUUUGGAGGACCGUUCAACCCUCGCGAUCUUUACCCAUACCAAUUAGCUCUGUUCCAAGUCGACUCGAUGCGAAAAGACGGGAAAUUUAUCGGUUCCGAUGGGUCAGUUCCAGAAGGGCAGGGUAUCGUGAUGGCACAUCUGAACGAGUGCCAUGAGCUGGUCGAGAUGCUCAAAGAAGCCAUGGAAGAGGGCGAAGGCGAGGACGAGUAUGAAUACGACUAUGAUUCCGAGUAG